AUGUCAGAAGAAGAUUAUUUUGAAGAUGAAGUUCUUUUCACUGCAGCAAAAAAAAAUUAUAUAAGUAUGUUUGAAGAAUUUUUUGAACAAAGAAAACAAAAGAAUCAAUUUGAUGCCAAUAUUGUUGAUGCAUUAGGAAAUACACCAUUACAUUAUAGUGCAACAUUUGGACAUAUUGAUGUUUCCAAACGCUUAUUAGAAACAGGUGCAAAUACAAAUAUUCAAAAUAAAGCAGGUGAAACACCACUUCACAAAGCAGUUUGGUAUGACCGUAUCCCAAUGUUUGAAUUAUUAAUUGAAAAUGGUGCUAAUCCAACCAUCACAAAUAAUCAAAAACAAACUGUCACUCAUUUAGCAAAAUCAUCAACAAUGAAAGAUUUAAUUAAACAAGCUACCUUGGCUGCAACUAUCAACAAAGAAGAUUUCGCUGAUGAUGACGACGAUGAAGAAGAUGAAGAUGAAGCCGCAUCCAAAAAACCUUAUAAACCAACAGCUCAUGAUCAUAGUGAUAUGGUUGCUGAUGACGAUGAUGAAUAA